AUGGAACACCUGAAAGCGAAUCUCAAGGGGCAAGCUGCAAGAUUGGUAGCGGAUUUAACAACGGCUGAUCAGUACGAGGCGUGCUUGCAGGUACUAUACAAACGCUAUGAUAACAAACGACAACAGUUCGUUAAAUCAAAUGUUGCGAAAAUUUCGGACUAUCAAGCAUCGAACGAUGAACACGAAAAUGAUAAUUCAGUAGUAUCAGCAAAUUCUUCAGCAUCGAAUUCGCGUGUAUUAUUAGCUACGGCAUUAAUUAGCGUGAAAGGUAAAAAUAACGAAAAAUAUGCACUUCGUGCUCUGAUCGAUCAAGGAUCGCAGAGCGCGUUCAUCACCGAAUCAGCAAUGCAAUUGCUCAAACUAAAAAGAAUAAAACAAAAAACUUGUUUUGCUGGUCCGAUAGACAUUCUUCUCGGCGCAGCUGAAUACGCACAAAUCAUAAAACCGGGUCUCAUAAAAGGUUCUACAGACGAACCGAUCGCCCAAAACUCUGAAUUGGGUUGGAUCAUUUCGGGACCAACCAAUUUUGAUUCAGCCGUGGGAGCACAAGUAACAACGCUCAUUUCAGUUGUCGACGUCGAACAACGUAUAUCUGAAUUUUUUAAGCAUGAUGAUAUAAAAAUCGACGAUGACGAGUGCGCUCUCACUGAAGAAGAACAAAUGUGUGAAAACCACUUUCAAGAAAACACUAUUCGUUUGGAAAAUGGAAGAUAUUGUGUCAAAAUGCCAUUCAAAAAUGGAAAAAAUGCACCAGAUUUAGGAAACUCGCGAAAAUGCGCCAUUGCAACAUUUUUGCAGCUUGAAAAUCGAUUCAAAAAAAAUCCUAAAUUGGCAGAAGAAUAUAAAAAAUUCAUUCACGAGUACAUUGACCUAGGUCAUAUGGAACGAUCGGUUUACAAUCCAAAUAUCACAUCGUAUUAUUUACCACAUCAUUGUGUAAUACGAGAUAGCACAACUACGAAACUUCGGGUAGUGUUCAAUGGCUCUCAAAAAACUGACAACGGAAAAUUUCUCAAUGAUGAACUUGCAUUGGGUGCCAUAGAACAAAAGGACAUGUUAAGCAUUCUAAUCAAUUUUCGCAUUUACAAAUAUGCAUUUACGGCUGACAUUGAGAAAAUGUACCGCCAAAUUUUAAUCGACGAAAGCCAAAGAGACUUGCAAAAAAUCAUUUGGCGUGAUUCCCCUGAACUACCGCUUUCUGAAUUUAGACUUAUCACGGUCACAUACGGCACCAGUCUCGCUCCGUUUUUAUCACAUCGCACUACAAGACAACUUGCAAUCGAUUGCGAAAAUGAAUAUCCAGAAGUAUCAAAUACCAUAAGAAAAAACAUGUGGGUUGACGAUGUGGUAAAAGGUGCUUUUACUGAGGCAAAAGCAAUACAAUUGUGUAGCGACUUGCGCAAGGUAUUCAGCAAAGCCGGAUUCAAUUUACGAAAAUGGUCUUCAAACAACGUAAAUGUGCUGUCCGCAAUUCCGGAGAGUGAUCGUGAAUUGAAGGCUAUAAGCAGCAACGUGAAAGCGUUGGGCAUAAAAUGGUCGCCGUCUCAAGAUGUUUUCACAUACGAACUCAGUUUAAAAAAUCAUUCAAAUCCAUUUACAAAAAGAUUGCUACUAUCUGAAAUCUCUUCAAUGUUCGAUCCACUUGGCUGGAUAUGUCCAGUAGUAAUUUCAGCGAAAAUUUUGGUACAAAAGUUGUGGGAGAAAAACGUCGAUUGGGAUGAAAUUGUACCGAAAGAAAUCGCUGAAAAAUGGUUGGAAAUAAAAAGCGAAUUGCAUCUCAUUAAUGACAUCAGAGUGGAACGUUGGAUAAAUUACAAUCCUGAGGAUGUCAUGGAGUUGCAUGGUUUCGGUGACGCAGCGGAACCAGCAUUCGCAGCUGUGAUUUACAUUAAAAACGUCACGCAAAACACGGUGCGAUUAUUAAUCGCAAAAAAUAAAGUAGCUCCUCUGAAAACAACGAAAGACGCACUCACAAUACCGAGAUUGGAAUUGUGUGCGGCAAAUUUACUUGCCAAAUUGACGAAAGGCGUUUUAAAAGCAACAAACAUAAAUUUCAGCAAAAUUUUUCUUUGGUCCGAUUCAAAAAUAGUCAUCGAUUGGAUUCGAGGAAAUCCGAAGCGAUACAAAAAGUUUAUCGCACACCGUGUUUGUGCAAUAGAUAAGGCAAUUGGAACAAAAAACUGGUAUCAUGUUACCACUGACAAAAAUGCAGCAGACUGCGCUUCACGCGGCAUGUUGCCAUCGGAAUUGCUGAGACAUGAAAUGUGGUGGAAUGGCCCACAGUUUUUGCGUGAAAACAAUUACUAUGCAAACAAUGCAAGUCAUUUAAAUAAAGUUGACCCAAUAAUUGAAUCACUCGCAUUAAGUGUAGAAAUCUCUCCAAUUUCAAACGAACAAAUUCUUCCUGAAGUCUCGUCGUUCAACAAAAUGAAACGAAUAAUCGCAUACUGUUUUCGUUUUGCAUCGUUAUGCAAAGCAAAACAGGGGCCCAAAGCAUUGUCUCCGAUUUCGGCUGAUGAGCUAAAUUUAGCGGAAACAGCAAUAAUAAAAAUCAUUCAACGGGAGGCAUUUGGUGCCGAAAUAAGUGAAUUAAUGAAGAAAAGAUCAGUAAAUUUUUCAAGUAACAUUUUGAAACUAAGCCCAUUCUUAGAUGAAAAUAACAUUCUGCGCGUAGGUGGCAGACUACGAAAUUCGGAUUUGGUGUUUGGACGAAAACAUCAAAUCUUAAUACCAAAAAACAAUAGCGUAACAACUUUAAUAAUUCGUCAUUUUCAUUUAUUAUGCAUGCACGGUGGAGCGAAAGCCACUGAAGCAAUCAUCAAACAGCAGUUUUGGAUUGUGAAUGCACAAACAGAAAUAAAGAAAAUUUUGCAUCGUUGCAUUCCUUGCUUCAAACAAAGACAAAAAACCAUGUCACAAUUAAUGGCAGAUUUGCCGGCCAAUCGCGUAAACAUUGUUGAAAAGCCAUUCACCAACGUAGCAGUAGACUACACCGGUGCAAUUCCAUACAAAACGGCAAAAGGUAGGGCUGGUAAAAUUUCUAAGGCUUACAUUUCAAUAUUUGUCUGUAUGGCUACAAAGGCACUUCAUAUCGAACUAGUAUCAGAUUUAACAGCCGACGCGUUCAUAGCUGCCGUUCGCAGAUUGGUAGCGCGUCGUGGAAUGAUCAAGAGCUUCAACAGUGACAAUGGCACAAACUUUGUAAAAGCUAAUAAAGAUCUAAGUGAUUUAUUUGAAAUCGAAAAAGAAGAGUUCAAAACAAUCUGCGAUGAACUUUCAAAGCAAGGCAUUUCUUGGCAUUUCUCACCCGCUGGUGCGCCUCAUUUCAAUGGCCUCGCCGAGGCUGGUGUGAAAGUUGCAAAGACUCAUUUAAUAAAAACAAUCGGAAAAACUGCGCUAACAUUUGAAGAAUUGUCCACAUUAUUGUAUCAGGUGGAAGCAUGUGCAAAUUCAAGACCACUUUGUGCACUAUCUACUGACCCUGAUGACAUCGAUUGCCUAACACCUGGACAUUUCUUGAUUGGGGCACCGUUACUGGCACCACCCGACGAAAGCUACAUCGAAACGAAC